AUGCCGUCUCUGCUGCCCGCCGUCCGGUCCUCGCCGCCGCCGCCACCUGGUCGCCGCCUCCCAGCGUUCGCCGCCGCCGCCUCCCGGUGCUCGCGGCCGCCGCCGCCUGGACGCCGCCUCCCGGUACUUAACGCCGCCGCCGCCUGGUCGCCGCCUCCCGGCACUUACCGCCGACGCCACCUGGUCGCCGCCUCCCAGCGUUCGCCGCCGCCGUCUCCCGGUGCUCGCGGCCGCCCCCGCCUGGUCACCGCCUCCCGGUACUUACCGCCGCCGCCGCCUGGUCGCCGCCUCCCGGCACUUACCGCCGCCGCCACCUGGUCGCCGCCUCCCAGCGUUCGCCGCCGCCGUCUCCCGGUGCUCGCGGCCGCCCCCGCCUGGUCACCGCCUCCCGGUACUUACCGCCGCCGCCGCCUGGUCGCCGCCUCCCGGCACUUACCGCCGCCGCCACCUGGUCGCCGCCUCCCAGCGUUCGCCGCCGCCGUCUCCCGGUGCUCGCGGCCGCCCCCACCUGGUCACCGCCUCCCGGUACUUACCGCCGCCGCCGCCUGGUUGCCGCCUCCCGGUACUUACCGCCGCCACCGCCGCAUGAUCGCCGCCUCCCGGCACUUACCGCCGCCGCCACCUGGUCGCCGCCUCCCAGCGUUCGCCGCCGCCGUCUCCCGGUGCUCGCGGCCGCCCCCGCCUGGUCGCCGCCUCCCGGUACUUACCGCCGCCGCCGCCUGGUCGCCGCCUCCCGGUACUUACCGCCGCCGCCGCCGCCUGGUCGCCGCCUCCCGGCACUUACCGCCGCCGCCACCUGGUCGCCGCCUCCCAGCGUUCGCCGCCGCCGUCUCCCGGUGCUCGCGGCCGCCCCCGCCUGGUCACCGCCUCCCGGUACUUACCGCCGCCGCCGCCUGGUCGCCGCCUACCGGCACUUACUGCCGCCGCCACCUGGUCGCCGCCUCCCAGCGUUCGCCGCCGCCGUCUCCCGGUGCUCGCGGCCGCCCCCACCUGGUCACCGCCUCCCGGUACUUACCGCCGCCGCCGCCUGGUCGCCGCCUCCCAGCGUUCGCCGCCGCCGCCUCCCGGUGCUCGCGGCCGCCGCCGCCUGGUCGCCGCCUCCCGGUACUUACCGCCGCCGCCGCCUGGUCGCCGCCUCUCGGUGCUCGCUGCUGA